AUGGAGCCUAAUUUGGACCCUCUUGGUGCUCCUGGGGUGGAUGCGCCCGCUGUUCCUGUCGUUGCGGAAUCCGAGCAGAUUGCUCCGGAGGAUCAGACAGAACAGGCGCAGGGCCAGGAGCUUGCGCCCGAACAGCCCCUUGAACAACCUUUAGACCAACCUCUGGAACAGCCUGCGCCUGUCUCGGCCAAUACCGAAGAGCCGGCUUCCGACCACACCAUCAGCCGUGCGGCCAUCAACAAUGGCUAUAACAGCGAUUCGAAGGCGCAUUACCACUCCCGAUCGACCGACUUUCAUCAAUCUGCUCCCGAAUACGCUGCCCAAGAUACCGAUCAGUCCCGCCAGGGCUCAUCUCCAUUGCUCAGCCACCACCCUCUACCUGUUCCCAACUCCAGGCCGGGAUCUGGACUCUCCAGUGGUCCAGAACGGGCCCCUGUUUCCCAGCUCCAGCAGCAAGACGCCGGUCAGCGCCAAGCGUCUCAGGCUAACAAGAACAGUGUGGUGAUUAAGGUUGGUAUGGUAGGCGAUGCGCAGAUCGGAAAGACUAGUUUGAUGGUCAAGUACGUCGAGGGCAGCUGGGACGAGGAUUACAUCCAGACAUUGGGUGUCAACUUUAUGGAAAAGACAAUCUCAAUUCGGAACACUGAAAUCACCUUCUCGAUUUGGGAUCUUGGUGGCCAGCGCGAGUUCGUUAAUAUGCUACCGCUUGUCUGCAAUGACGCUGUUGCAAUUCUUUUCAUGUUUGAUCUCACUCGCAAGAGUACAUUGAACUCGAUUAAGGAGUGGUAUCGCCAGGGACGUGGCUUCAAUAAGACAGCUAUCCCCUUCCUGGUGGGCACCAAGUAUGAUCACUUUGUGAACUUUCCCCGUGAGGACCAGGAGGAGAUCUCUAUCCAGGCCAAGCGAUUUGCCAAGGCUAUGAAGGCUAGUCUGAUAUUUAGCAGCACCAGCCAUAGCAUCAAUGUGCAAAAGAUCUUCAAGAUCGUUCUAGCCAAGGCAUUCGAUCUAAAGUGUACCAUUCCGGAGAUCGAGAAUGUUGGCGAGCCCCUGCUCCUCUACAAGAAUGUCUAA